AUGUCCUUGUUCGGCGAACCCUCUCCCACCGAGUCGACGCCCGCCAUUUCCAAGUCCCUGUUCGGCAACGAACCUGCGGCUGCUUCUUCCACUUCGCUCUUCGAUGACGAUGCCAACGGGUCUCCCUGGUCUAUGCCAACGCCGAAAAAAGCUGCCCGUCAAAACUUGCUGAAGAACCUGUUACCCGCAACCGACGUUCCCGAGAGCUAUAUUGAUGCCUUCGAUGUCGUGGUUGAGCACGUGGGAAGCGGAGCCGUCGACUAUAUCACUGUUGACAGCAUCCUGAAGUCAAGCAAGCUGGACAGCGACGAUCGGACGCGCAUACUCGGCUUCCUUGCCCCGAGUGGACGAGAAAGCUUCAAGCCUUUAGGUCGCAGCGAGUUCAAUGUCCUGCUAGCUCUAAUUGGCCUUGCCCAAGAAGGUGAAGAGUUGAGCCUCGACAGCGUCGACGAUAGACGUACAAGACUACCAAAGCCUAAGGUAGCUUUCAUCGACGAGCUGCAUUCCAAGGCACAGCAACAGAAGGUGUCUACCCAGGACGAGCCGAAGCCAGAAUCGCCGAAGACAUCACCAUCGAAACAAACAAAGCCGCGACAAUAUUCAUUCGGGGGCGAUCCGACAGUCGAUCCGUGGGGAAGCCCUUCUAACAACAGAGGGCCCCCGCCGUCCACCGCAGCUCAUACCAUGGCACGGCCCAAUGGGCUUGGUGACAAGAAUCUCAAACCGAAUGGUGUUGAGCGCACAACGAGCGCCUUCACCACUCACGCCGCGCCAGACAGCGGCUCUGGUGGCUCGCCGCCUACUGCCCGUGAAUCCGGCUCAAUGGGCGGCGCUGGCUGGGGCAGUUACAACGGCUCAUCUGGCGACUUCUCGGAGCAGCCUACUCUGGGUGGAGGCUUUGGUGACUCUGGCGAGGAUGGUUCCUCUAAUCACCCCGGCCAAAGAGCCCAGCCCGCAAUUGGUGGAAGCGUUCUCGUUCCUCAAGGCACAGGCGAGUCCGUCACCAUAACCCUCUUACCUGAGAAGGAAGGCAUGUUCCUGUUUCAGCAUCACAAUUAUGAGGUCAAGGCUAUUCGACGCGGAAGUAGCGUGGUCAGGCGAUACAGUGACUUUGUCUGGUUGCUUGAUUGCCUACAGAAACGUUACCCAUUCCGGAGGUUGCCUCUGCUGCCGCCGAAGCGUGUUCAAGUGAACGGCACGCACCUUGCAGGAGACGUGUCAGGCUUCCUUGAAAAGCGACGCCGUGGCUUGGUGCGCUUCUCGAACCAGCUUGUUCAGCAUCCCGUACUAAGUCAAGAGACACUUGUCGUAAUGUUUCUGACUGUUCCUACGGAACUUACCGUCUGGCGCAAGCAAGCCACAAUCUCGGUUCAGGAAGAGUUUACCGGCAAGGCGCUUCCUCCAACCCUUGAGGACAGCCUACCGACAACCUUGGGAGAGCUUUUUGAGCAAGUUCGAGCAGGGGUCAAGCGAUCAGCUGAAAUCUAUAUCAAUCUUUGCGUGCUGCUUGAGCGGCUUGUCAAGAGACACGAGGGACUCGCAGCAGACAGCUCGAAAUUCAGCUUGGCUUUGCAGAGUUUGACCGACAGCAGUAAGGACACAUAUGCGAUUGACACAAAUGAUGUACCGCUCCUGAACGAUGGAAUUGGAGCCGUGGCCAAGCAUCUGUCUUCCACCCAGACCCUCUUAGAAGACGAGGGCAACGCGUGGGAGCAGGGUACGCUGGAGGACCUCAAGACCAUCAGGGAUUCCAUGGUCUCGAUGAGAGACAUGUUCGACCGUCGCGACAAGUAUGCUCGCGACAACAUUCCCCAGCUCGAGCGUCGUAUUGAAGCCUCGGAGGCGAAAUUGCAGCAACUUAGGGCCAAGCCGCAAGGCACAAUCAAACCGGGCGAGAUCGAGAAGGUGGAGAGCAGCAUCAUAUCUGACAAAGAAAGUAUCGUCCAGCAGCACGCCCGGGGGGUCUUCAUCAAAGAGUGCGUACGCGACGAGAUCGUGACUUUCCAGACCACAAUUCACUCCAUCAGUCGAUUCCAUCAAGAGUGGGCUCAAGACAGGGUGAAAUAUGCAGAGUUGCAGGCCAGCAAUUGGAGGCAGCUAGUCGACAGCGUCGAAAGCAUGCCGCUGGGAGACUGA